AUGUCAAUCUCUAUUGAAACUCAUGUCACAUUUAAAGGUGAUGUUAUUACUAUUCAAUAUAAUCCAGAUGAUCCCCCAAUUUCAAGUUUUAUGGAAAAAAGACCUCGUCUUAGUGCAGAAUUCAAGGAUGCUGAAGAAGUUACUCUCUCUCCAUUGAAAGGAGAUUUUACUGUAUCACUAGACCAACUUUUUUCUUCUUCUCACAAACAACAGAUAGAUACAGAAAAAAUGAGAUUAUGGGAAAUUAGACAAGCUUUACGAAGAGAGGGAUUAAAGACACAAGGUACAAUAGAAGUUCUUCGCAAAAGAUUAGAAAAACAUUUAAAAAAACCAAAGAAGAAUGAUGUAACACCAACGAAAAGAAAAAAGAGUCAAAAGAAAAGAGUUUAUGAAAAGAAAUAA